AUGCUGUUGACCCUCGUUUCAAGAGGGCUGUUGCUCCUCCAGCUCUGCGCUGGCUUGACGGCUGCGAAAGGCUCGAGGCCACUUUACAAAGAUCCAAAUGCUGCAAUUGAAGACAGGGUGUCUGACUUGCUGGGUCGUAUGACCCUUGAGGAUAAAGUGGGCCAGUUGAUGCAGGGUGACAUUACUAAUUGGAUGAACGCGGACACCGGAGAGUUCAACUAUACCGGGCUGGAAGAGAAUAUGAAGAUAAAAGCCGGCAUGUUCUAUGUUGGCUACCCUGUCCCGUGGGACUGGAUCGCGACAAAUGUUAAGCGCGCCCAAGACUACCUUCUAGAAAAUACUACACUUGGAAUUCCCGCUUUUGUGCAAACUGAAGCAAUUCACGGUUUCCUGAUUGGCAAUGCCACGAUCUACAACUCCCCUAUUGCAUAUGGCUGCUCUUUCAACAGGAAGACCUCGCCCGCGAGCUCCGAUUUGGUCGCCGGUUCUAAUGCAGCCCAGGUUGAAGAGACAUAUUCGGAAGACCCCUACCUUGCCGGCGAAAUUGGAUACCAAUACGUUACAGGUCUGCAAAGCCUCAAUGUAUCAGCGCAGGUGAAGCAUUACGCCGGAUUCAGUCAGCCGGAGCAGGGUAUCAACACUGCUCCUGUUCACGGGGGAGAGCGAUACCUUCGCACCACCUGGUUACCGCCAUUCAAGCGAGCCAUCAUAGACGCUGGUGCUUAUAGUGUCAUGAGCGCUUAUCACUCCUACGACGGAAUCCCUGCUGUCGCGGAUUACCAUCUGCUUACUGAGAUUCUUCGAGAAGAAUGGGGUUAUGAGUACUUCGUGAUCAGCGACGCCGGAGCGACUGACCGACUAUGCAACGCCUUCCACACUUGCGAGAGCUCCCCCAUUGAUUCGGAAUCGGUAACUCUCCAAGCCCUUCCCGCUGGUAACGAUGUGGAGAUGGGUGGUGGUUCGUUCAACUUCCGAACCAUCCCUCAACUUGUGGAAUCUGGUCAACUUGAUAUUGAGACCGUUGAUACGGCUGUUUCAAGGGUCCUCCGCUCGAAAUUCGCCCUAGGACUCUUCGAGAACCCUUACCCCGGUGCUCCCAAAGAGGAGUGGGAUAACCUCAUUCAUAGCAAAGAAGCCGUGGAUCUGGCAAGACAACUCGAUAAAGAAUCCAUUGUCCUGCUGGAAAACCACGACAACAUCCUUCCCCUGAAGAAAACGGGAAACAUUGCAGUUAUCGGCCCUAUGGCACAUGGCUAUAUGAACUAUGGUGACUACGUCGUCUACCGUAGUCAAUACCGAGGAGUUACACCCCUAGACGGGAUCAAGGCGGCCGUCGGGGACUCCGCAACCGUCCACUACGCACAAGGCUGCGAACGCUGGAGCAACGACCAAUCGGGCUUCGAGGAGGCUAUCGCCGCGGCCGAGAAGUCUGACGUCGCAAUUGUCGUCGUGGGAACCUGGUCCCGCGAUCAGCAGGAGCUAUGGCAGGGCCUCAACGCCACAACAGGCGAACACGUCGACGUUAAUGACCUCUCCCUCGUCGGCGCCCAAGGACCACUCAUCAAAGCCAUCAUCGACACAGGCAAACCGACUGUCGUUGUCUUUAGUUCCGGGAAACCAAUCACAGAGACCUGGCUUUCGAACUCGGCCAGUGCGCUGGUCCAGCAGUUUUACCCCUCUGAACAGGGCGGAAACGCACUGGCUGACGUUCUGUUCGGCGACUAUAACCCCUCCGGCAAACUCUCUGUCUCGUUUCCCCGGUACGUCGGUGACUUGCCGAUCUACUACGACUAUCUGAACUCUGGCCGUUCAAUCGGAGACUCCGGAUAUGAGGCUGAGAAUGGCACCCUCGUCUUCGGACACCAAUAUGUCCUGGGCAGCCCUGAACCCUGGUUCCCCUUCGGACACGGACUCAGCUAUGUGAACUUCACUUACGGCGAGGUGUCGCUAUCGAAAACAAACGUCACAGCGUCUGACACAAUUAGCGUAUCUGUGGAUAUCACGAAUAGUGAUUCCUCCCGUGACGGGACAGAGGUCGUGCAGAUCUAUAUCGUAGACGAGAUCACGUCUGUUGUGGUGCCGAAUCGACAGCUGAAAGGGUUCGAGAAGGUGUUCGUACCGGCGGGGAAAACGAAGACUGUCACUGUUGAUAUUGAUGUGGCGGACCUAGGGCUUUGGGAUGCGCGGAUGAACUUUGUUGUUGAGAAGGGCGAGUUCACGGUCCUUGUGGGUUCGAGUUCGACGGAUGUUAGGGGAAAUGCGACAUUUUGGGUGCAGUAA